AUGAAAGUCAGUGCUGUUCUUGUUCUUGGUGUGACCCUGUUCUGUCGGGGGUAUAGCAACAGCUUGGAUUCAUGUGCGGGUCGGUGUGGUUUUGGGACGGACAGUAAUUUCUCCUGUCAGUGCAACCCAGCAUGCGAGAAGUAUAAAGACUGCUGUUCAGACUACUCUGAAUUAUGCAAAACUGAAGCCAUGUCUUGCAAAAGCAGAUGUGGUGAGAAUUACAACUCCCAGAACAAGUGCCACUGCAACACCAAGUGCCCUCAGUUCAACAACUGCUGCAGUGACUACACAGAUCUCUGUGACAUUGACGGGGCAGGUGGCAAUGCGAUCACUGAUGCUGAACUCAAGACUCUCUCUGAGGAUCUUUACGUCCUGGACUCGAACAAAGCUUCAGCCUCACAGUUGAUCAUUGACCCUCAAGCCCUGGUGCCGGACUCACAGACCAGCUCCAAGACUGACCUCUCCUCUGGACCACUUUUCCGAUACCUGGAUGAACGCACACUCUUUUCCAAGCCCACGUACGCAGCUCUGCUGGCCGUGCUGGACAACUACAAGCGGAUGACAGGCCAGGCCGAGGUCUUCAGCUCUCAGCAGCUGGCUGAGCAGGAGAUGUUCCUCAAGGAAACAAUGUCCAACACUGAGCUGGGCAGAGAGCUGUUCGCUUUCCUCUACACCAAAGGGGUUUAUAAAUCAGAAGAAGAGUUUCUUCACGACCUGAAGAUGAUGUGGUUUGGUCUGUACUCUCGCAGCAACAACCAACUGGACUCCAGUGGUUUUGAGCACAUCUUUGCAGGAGAAAUCAAAGGAGGGAAGGUGUCAGGUUUCCACAACUGGAUCCAGUUUUAUCUCCAGGAAAAAGAAGGAAAGUUGAACUACUACAGUCACAGUUUCGACGGACCUUGGACUACAUAUCCCGACGUCAUGGGGAAGCAGUUCAUGUGGGACGGCUACUACAAGCAGGUGGGCUCUUCGGUCAUCGGCUGCAGCCCUGAGUUUGACUUGGCCAUCUACAGCCUCUGCUACAUCGCUCGGCCCGGAAAACGUUGUUAUCUGAGCCUCGGAGGAAAAGAACUCAUCAUUCAGACUUACACCUGGGAUAACUCUUCCUACGGAGAUGGAAAGAAGUUCAUCGGCUCUGCCUAUCCUGCGUCGAUGUAUUGA